AAAUCAACUGGAUUUUAGGAUCGAUGGGGUAUAAAACUACGCAAGUUAGGGUCGAUUCCGUUAUUUGAGAAAGUUCUUUUGUUUACUUCAUGCUUCAUGCUUUUUCCCAGAGUGAAUUUAAUUAAUAAUUAAAGAUUGAACGAAGGAGCUGUUGAUUAGACAUAAUACAUUAGUAAACAUUGUCAAUAGCAGCAUAACGCAUGAAAAGAAUUAACUUAUAUGUCCGUAGAUACUCAAAAUUAUUAGAUAUCCUUAAAACCAUGCCGAAAGAUACAUCAGAACAUCAAUUAAAUGCUCAAAAGCAUAGAAUUAGAAUUAAGGAACGAUCAAAGUUCUAUUCGCCAGGAACAGUCAAUAUUCAAGUGCUAGGUAGUGGAGCUAGAGGAACCAGCAGUGCUAUAUAUUUGUUCUCCGAACAAGCAAGAUACCUGUUCAAUUGUGGAGAAGGAACACAACGAUUAGCUCAUGAACAUCGCACGAAAUUGACACGAAUGGAACAUAUUUUUCUAACACGAAAGUCAUGGCAUCAAGUUGGUGGUGUUUGUGGAUUGUGCUUGACAUUGCAAGAAAUCGGAGUUCCAAAAAUCAAUCUUCACGGACCAUCUGGAAUUGAUGAGAUAUUCGAUGCAACAAAAAAGUUUGUUGUGCUUAGAAAUAUGAAGGUUGAAACUCCAGAAUGCAAAGACGGAGAAUUUUGGGAAGAUUCUGUUCUGCGUGUCAAUUAUGUUCCUUUACAUAAAACAAAAAGUGCUGAGCCAGAAACACCAAUUAAAGAUGAAAGUAAGAAUGACGAAACUGAAGAUUGGACAGAGAAAGACCGACUGGAAUAUAACAUUCAAGAUGACAAUACAGACUAUUAUGGCUAUGAAGAGAAGAACAGAUACAGAAACUUCAACAACAACAAAGAAUCUAAUGAGAAUAACUCAAAUUCAUCCAAAAAUCCACAACACUCGUACUCAAAAAGCACAGAUGUUGAUGUCAUGUCCUACAUUUGUAAGCUACAGCCUCGUCCAGGUACUUUAAAUUUAGAAAAAUGUGUUGAGCUAGGCGUUCGUCCAGGACCUUUAUUAGGACGAUUAAAGAAUGGAUUUGACGUGACUUUACCUGAUGGAUCUAUCGUUAAAGCUGAUGACGUUAGAGGAAGUGCAUGUCCAGGCGGAGUCUUUAUAUUUGUUGACAUCCCUGACGAAAGUUAUUUACCAGCAUUGCUUGAAAAUCAAAGAUUUAUUGCUCAUCAGGCUGGAUGUGCAAACGAAGAAGACAUGGCUUUAGUCGUUGUGCAUUUUUCACCACAGGAAGUAAUUGAGAAUGAAAAGUAUAAGGAAUGGAUGGAUAGAUUCUCACCAAGCACAAAUCAUCUUAUUGUUAAUGAACGAAAUACAUUUACUGGAUAUUUUGCAUCACAUCGCAUUCAACGACAAUUAAAUGAACUUGAUAGCUUUGUAUUUCCAAUGUUAAAGGAACCUCAUCCAUACAUGGCAGUUAAUGACAUGACAAUUGAUGUAUCGGAAAUGGAUGCAAGUCCAUCAAAAAAGUUUAAAAUUGAUAUUGAAGGAAAUAAAGAAGACAAGUUUGCUGACUAUCCAGAAUUAGGUAUUCGCAGUUGCUUCCAUUUACGUCCACCAAAAGGAUUUGAUAGAUUUAAAGAGCCUUAUUCACAUCCUGAUAAAGUUAUGGAAGAAACGUAUGAAAAUGCACCAGAACUAGCAAAGCUAAUAACAGACUUUAAGGAUGAAUCCAGUAAGAUAUUUACUAGAACUAAAGCUGAACGAAAUAAGGAAUUCCCAAAAGUCACAACAUUUGGAACUGGAUCUUGCAUUCCAAACAAAACUCGAAAUGUCUCAGCUAAUUUAAUUCAAAUCUCAGCUGAUAAUUGUGCUAUUUUCGAUUGCGGUGAAGGCACUUUUGGACAGAUUGUUAGAUUUUUUGGACGUGACGGUGCUGAUGAGAUUCUCAAGAAUCUACGAUUAAUUUACAUUUCACAUUUACAUGCUGAUCAUCAUUUAGGACUGAUUAAUAUUUUGAAUAGACGACGAAAGCUGACAAAUGACAAAGUUGUUCUGUUGGCACCAACUCAGAUCAAUUCCUUCCUAUCGUUCUACAAUUACCGGAUUGAAGAAAUAUUCAGCACAUAUGAGCUGUUUCCAUGUUCAGAUUUGAUAAGUUGGGACAUAGAAGAAUCGAAAGUUGAAGCUUUAGAAAAGCGUUUAGGAUUAGAAAAGAUCCAGUCUUGCUAUGUCAAGCAUUGUCCACACUCAUUUGGUAUAUCCAUUACAAUGAAGAAUGAAAUGAAAUCAGAUAUGAAUCCAAAAGAUACAGUUAAAAUAACUUACAGCGGUGAUACGAUUCCUUGUGAAGAUUUAAUUAAUAUUGGUAUGAAUUCUGAUAUUUUAAUCCACGAAGCUACAAUGGAAGAUGAUUUGUGGAAGGAAGCACGAAUUAAAAUGCAUUCAACAGUUUCGCAAGCAAUUCAAGUCGGCAAGAAAAUGAAAGCUCGAUACUUGAUUCUGACACAUUUUUCACAACGAUAUGCCAAAAUUCCAUUGAUUGAAGACAAAGUUGACAAGAAGAAUAUUGCAGUAGCUUUUGAUAACAUGGAAGUGACACUCAACGACCUCCCAAAAAUGCAUUUGAUGUACGAGCCACUAAAAGUUAUGUUUGCUGACCAUUUUGAGCAAAUGGAGAAUAAAACACUUCGGCGACGAUACAUCCAGGAACGAAAAAUCGAUACGAAUGUAACAAAUGGAAAUGGACAGAACUCUGUUAAAAAGUUUAAAGCUACAGAAGGUGAUGGCUGAAAUGCAAUUGAUGAAAUGUUAAAAAAAUGAUUUUUUUAAUCCAGUUAUUGUUGAUUUGAAUUAAAUAAAACUAUUAAAUGAUUGAUUAAUUGAA